UAAGAUUUUAAAGAAAAUUUUCCAAAAACAAAAUUUCAAUACCGCAAUUUUUGUUUUAUUUGGCUGAAAUUUUGCAUGUAGUGUUCUGUUAUAACUUUCAACAACUGUGGCAAGUACGGUAGAAAUCGGUCUAUAACCUGAUAUAGCUCCCAUAUAAACCGGUCUCUCGAUUAUCCCUGUUCGAUGCGGCCCUGCAUAACUUAGCACGCUUUUGCUUGUUUAAAUUUCAAUUGAUGUUAUUAUUGCACUUUUGACAUUUGCAUUCGUAUUUGGCAUUUUCAUUCGCAUUGCUUUUAAGUUCAAAUAUUCAUUUGGUCCAGCCCAACAAAAACAAACUAAGUUAACGAAUACCACUAAGUGUCUUGCGUUGCAACAGUACCUUUCUUCGUUAAUUGUUUACUCUUCCUAGUGGACGGGUUAUAUCGUGAAAAACAUAAAAAUAAAUAAAAGCUGUUGAUGAAAAUAUUACGACACAAAGAAAGCAGAUCUCAAUUGUUUCAUGAUGAAAUUGAAGUUGUCGCUCGGGCCCGAAAGUGUGCAAGGGAAGUUGUUUGGAGAAUGAGAAGGAACGACUCGAUACAAUGUUUUUGAUAGUUUAGUUAAUGGGCAUUUUUAAUAUUUCAAUACUUUGUUGUUUUUUGGUUCAUUAUAACGUGGCCAUGCCAGGACAGACAUGGUAGGAAGUUUCAUUUUAUCCUUGAGCCCUGAAACAAACCAACUGUUCAAAAAGCUGCGCAAACGAAAUGGGAAAAGAACAGUGUAUAACCGGCAGUCAACCACCAAAAGCAUACUGAACCAUGUUUUUUGUGGUGCCCCACGAUUGUCCGGUUCCCAAGGCAACAGUGUCAAAACCUAAAUAAACACACACACACACAAGCACAAAACUCGUGCCUCUUUUAACAAUGCCUACACGUUCGGCGAGGACAACAAGGACAACGACCAGACUCAAGUGGUGGUGUUUGUAGUGUUAGCUCGUUGCCGGACAGACUGGCGUUAGUUGAUUGCAAUCGAAACGUUUUCAUCGCUCGUCCUUCUUCAAGACAAGGCUGGAGCGGCCUACUUCUAGAAGCAUUUGCAUGAAAAUUUAAAAAACCCAGAAGACCGAAAAUAUCAUCGGAUAUCUCGUCGGCGGUUUUUUAUUCGCUGUGCUAAAUACUUGGAAAACAUUGCUUAACUUAAAUGUGGACGUCUGUUUGGCCUGGACAGCUGCUACAUCUAAGUCCUUGACGUCGACCCACCCGCAUAGCGCAUAGCGGUGGGAAAUCGCCUAUGUUCGCCUCAGUUUGCAGAAGUAACUGCGUAAUUGCGGUGGCCAAAAGAAACAUUCCAGCUAAAAAUUAAUUACAUUCUGCAAUGAGUGCGGAAAUUGCAAGUGACGCCAGUGGCAUCACAACAUCCACCAUGGAGGAGAAUCCAAGUCAAGCAGCUGCACAGCCUGCACCACCGCCUCCACCCACAGCCGCCGGCCGACCACCUACAUCAUUACUUUUUUCGCGUGGAAAUUUAGUUAGCAGCCGCCUGGGAGGUGAUAAAGGAGCACAGGCACGUCCUUCCACGUCUGUACGUGCCGUGGGCUAUGCGGCCAACAACAGUGGCUCGGCUGGGCAGCGCUUUGAUCAGUUCUUUGUGGAGAAGGCCAAACAACAGACACUAUCCUCAGCAAAUGCCGCAGUGGUGGCCAAAAAGGAAGUGAGUCCCCAAGUGAAGUAUAAAAAUCUGGAAGCUAAAAUUGUGAAGUUGCUGGAGUCGUCCAUUGUGUUGGCAGCCAAAGCUUCGUCGGCCAAUAAAUUGACUGGCGAUUCAGUUGGACAGGAUACAACUACGGCCGAAAUGAAAGCGGCAGCAGGUGAAGCACUAAACAAAGCAAAGGAGGCAUUUUCUCUUGACCGAACAUUGCAUAGAUUUCGUGAUCAACAUGGGGAGAAUAUUUUCCAUAACUUCGACUUAACAUAUGCUGUCUUUUUUAAUCUGGCCGAGCAGUACGAGAGGAAUGACAUGCAUAUUGAGGCGUUGAACACCUACAGCAUCAUGACGAAGAACAAAAUGUUUCCGCAUGUGAAUCAGUUGAAGUUGAAUAUGGGCAAUAUUUACUAUCGCAUGGGCAUGUAUCCGAAGGCGAUUAAAAUGUAUCGCAUGGCCCUGGAUUCGGUACCGAACAACUUGAAGCAGUUGCGUCUGAAAAUCACCCAAAAUAUUGGCAUUCUGUUUGUGCGUAUGGGUCAAUAUGCUGAUGCUGCGGCCAGCUUCGAAUUUAUCAUGUCUGAGAGAGCGGACAUUCGCAGCGGCAUCCAUUUGAUUCUCUGCUACUACGCCAUGGGCGAUGUGGAUAAAAUAAAGAGCACUUUUCGCAAUUUAUGUGAUGUCCAGCCAAUGGAGGCCGAAAAGGAUUUGGACAACGAGAACAGCAUACUCAAGCUGCAACAACAUGUGGUCAAUGAACAGCAAAGUAACCACCAUCACCAGCAGCAGCUACCGCCUCAGCAAUCCCAGCGCAAUUUACAUCAUCAGAAUGGAUUCGAAAAUUCGCCAACGGCCGAAAUAGAGGUAAUCAAUAGCGGAAACGGCAGUGGCAGUGGUAAUGGUGGCGGCAGUUUCGAUAUCGUUGACGAUAAGCACAACAGCGAGAAUGGAGGCGACGGAGGCGCUGGUGUUGGAGUCGGCAUUCCGAACGAUACCAACGACCACCGCCCCAAGACUGGUUUAAGGCCUGUCGACCGUAAUGGCUACAUAUUUCAAUCGCUGAAAUCCGACGAGCUGGCAAUUUAUAUCAAGCAACGUAAAAACAAUGAAAAACGCGCCAUAACAAUGAUUGUCGAUUUAAUUUCUCCCAUCAUUGAGGAAAACUACAACGAUGGAUACAACUGGUGCAUUGAGGUCAUUAAAACGUCCAAUCUAUCAUGGCUGGCCAGCGAAUUGGAAUUGAAUAAGGCUUUGGUCUAUCUGCGUCAGAACGAUGUCAAUCAGGCAAUUGAAACUCUGCAAAUGUACGACCGCAAAAGUGAAGGAUCCAUGACGGCCAGUGCGCUCACCAAUUUAAGUUUCAUUUACAUCAAUUUGGGCAAUUUAGAAAUGGCAACACAUUGCAUCCAGCAAUUAAAUGAGAUUGGGGCGUUACAAACGAAUGCCAUGGCUUUGGUGAAUGCCAGUAUCAUCGAUUAUCAGAAGCAGAACUAUGCAGCCGCUCGUAACAAACUGGAAAGAGCUCUCCAAAUUCAAUCCGACAACUUUGAGGCCAACUACAAUCUAGGCCUUGUGGCCAUGCAGGAAAAUGACUUUGCAUUGGCUGAAGAACAGUUUGAGAACUUGAGGGCACAGCUAAUGGUUCCACACUCAGUGCAACACAGCCAUGUAUAUUACCAGUGCGCAAAGUUGCAAGAGAAAUUGAAUUCAAACACCAUCGGCGGAGGAAGUUUUAAGCUUAAUAGUACAUCGACGGCUUUGCAAUCCUAUCUACAGGUCUUGGGAAUAUCGGCAGGAGAAAUAGAUUCGCAUUUAUUCGAGAAAGUCGGUUCCAUCUAUGAGCAGUUGAAUGAUCACCAAGAAGCCAAUCAGUAUUACAAUGAAGCCUAUCGUAUAAAUCCCAGUGACAUCAGCAUUGCCAGUUCUAUUGGGUCCUACUACAUUAAGCUGCAAGCAAUAGAGAAGGCACUCUACUAUUACGAACGAGCUGUCCUAGCCGAUCCUAAUGAUCCGAAUUUAAUGCUGCGUAUUGCCAGUUGCUUUCGCAACUCCUACUUGCCCCCCAAACAGUAUUUGGGAAUGUUUGAGAAAAUUUACACCCUCUUUCCAGACAACUUGAACUGCGUGAGGGCCUUGGUACAGGUGACCAAGAGUUUGGGAAUGCCAGAGCUAAAUGAGAAAUACACAUUGGAAUACGCCCGUCUGCACAAAGCUCAGACGGAAAGGGAAAAUGAGCAGAGGUACCAACAACAGCGUCUUUCGUCAGCUGCCUCUGGAAGACUAGGCAGUAGUCGAUUAAAAGCUUUUCGAAAUGAUAGAAUCCCUGAUUUGGAUGGUGGCCUAUCCAACGCCAUCUCAGAUAAUUUUAAUGGUGACCAUUAUGUUCGCACUUCGGAAACUGGACAUUCAGUGGCCCAGCAUACUGAUCCCCUUGGUCCUCCCGCAGAACGACCUCGUACUGGCGCCAUAAAGCACGACAUAUCCGCAGACUCCGACGAUGAGGAAUUGAAUGCCGAGAGCUUGUUGCCCAUAUAAACGAUAUCAACAAGCGAACCAACUACCACAGGAAUGUAUUUAAAAUUCAUCACGGCAAUAAGUAGAAAAUAAUUUUGUACUAUUUUCACCAUUUUCAUAUAUUCAUUUAUAAUUGUAUAUAAAUAUAUUAUUACAGCGGAAAAGGUACGAAGCUGACCUGCAUAUACCACUGUCCGAAAAAUAAAUAAAUUCGAAAUCGCCUGCAAUGGUUACUAAUAGUA